CGGAGCAUUGGGGGGGGAGAGGAAAGGAAGUCUGUUCCGUUCACCCUGUGUGAAGUUGCUUUGUUCUGUCUGGAACAGUUCUCUGAGGGUUCGCUGAGAUGGAUAUGAAGAAGCAAUUGAAGCGUAAGACGGAUGUGUACAAGAGGGUGUCGAAAGAGCUUCAGUCGUAUGAGAAGGAAGUUGCGAGAGAGCAGGCCAAGGCAGACAAGAUGAAAGCAGAGGGGGCGGAUCCCUUUGACAUCAAGCAGCAGGAAAACGUGCUUGCCGAGUCUCGAAUGAUGAUCCCGGAUUGCCGCAAAAGGCUUGUGAAAGCUCUUCAAGACCUAGAGUCUCUACUUUCUGAAGCAGAGGAGGAUCCAUCUGUGGAAGGGACGGAGGAAUUGAAAAAUGCAAGGAGCAUUGUCGAUGCGACGGAAACCAUAGCAGUGGCCUGCUGAGGGAAGAAGUGCUAGUAUACUGUGAUAUGCCUGCUGAGCAUUAGCUGCUGAAGCAUGCAAGGUGUGUUGUUUAUGCAGUCGAAGGUACUGCGUGCAACACUCUGAGGGGAGGGGACAUUUUCAUUUCCUUUGAUGUGUUCCCCAAUGGUUCCCCAGACGGGGGUGAGAGGCCUUGUCCAUGCACUGGGAGUGAUUGCAGCAGGCUGUCUGUCUUUUAUACAGUCUCAGAGACUUGUUCGGAAAAGCAUGAAAUGCAGCACGAAGCAAAGCAGUGUGUGUGUCUGCAUGCAUCUGCACACUUGCGUUUGUUUGUGUGUGUGUGUGUGUGUGUGUGUGUGUGUGUGUGUGUUUGGUGAGAGAUGAGUCCAUUGCACCUCGCGAUGCAACAAGCCGCAUUUAUAUACAACACAACAUAAAUAAUGCCAAUAGCACAGACAUCACAGCAUCGAACUAAUCACACCCUGAUCCAAGCGGAUAUUCCAUUCGAUUGGGUAUGCACAACCUCACUGACCUUCCUCAAAAGACAGAAGGUCUGGAGCCCGAGGGCACUAAGCCGUGAGCUGAAACAAACAAUACGCAGCAACUAGGGGAAGGCAGAAAAAAGACAGCAAGGGAGAAAGGCAUACGGCAUCAACAACGGGCGAAGGCUGGAGGGCAAGGGGGAGGCGGGUGGGCACACAAGUGACGCAAUGGCAUAGGACAACAAGGUAUCAGCUGACAAGCAACAACAAAGAGUGAAGGCAGGAGCCUCUAUGCACAAAGGAGGCGAGAGGGCAGACGGCACAAGCACAUGAAACAAGCAAAAAAAAAAACACUCCAAAUCUGAAAACACGAAAGACCGAAAAAAAUAAAACUGAUGAUAACAAGAUUGGUUCGUCGGAGUUGCACCGACUCAUCAGGAGGCUGAACCCUCUACAAUCUGCUCAAUCUCCGUAUUUGAUGGUUUGGAUCAGGAACCCUUUGACCCUUGUUGAAGGCAGACUGUCCCCAAGUGGAACAUAGCAGCAGGCAGCAACCCUGUGGAGCACCAGGCAACACAGUAGAGGCAACAUGGCUGCACAACACCAAAAACGACUGCAAGGAACGACAUGGUACAAGGGACAUGCAGCGCCGCAACCUUGUUGUGAAGGACAAGACAACACAAGCAAGGCAACCACACUGCAAGGGACAACAGGGCGAGGAAGCCAGCAGCUCGGCAACCAUGGAGCAGAGCACAAGGCACCAGCAACGAGGCAACCAACCUACAAGGCACACAAGUGGCAAACACGGAAGGCACGGCCAGCGGAUGAGCAGCAAGGCAGCGGAGCAGCGAAGCGCAAGGCAACACCAACAACACAGCCACUCCACGCAGCGAACACAGCAAUUUACAGAGAACCACAUGCGAAGCCAGCGGGACAGGCAGGAAGGCGCCGGCAGAGCGCAGACGAGGCAGUCCACACAUCCAACACGGAGCAAAGCAGCACAUGACCUACUCACAUCACGAUUGAACCCCGCAGACUGUUGGUUCCCACCACCCACUGAGCCAGAGAGUCACUCCGACGAGCAUCCGUCAUCACCCACAGGCAACACGGACACCCCGAACCGAGAGGCCGCCCUAAGAGUGCAGUAGGCACUCCACACGAGGAACCACCGACUGUUUGGCACUGCUCAAGGGCGCUCAGUUGGGCACACAAAAAAAACUUUGAAAAAUUAUGAGGGAGGACAUACAACAGGUAUUAAUUCCAAGAAUAGGAAACUCUAAAUCUUUUUUGGAAUCAUCCCUAUUUGAUACCAUUUUACGAUAACCUUUCUGAAUGAAUUAUGAAAAUAUUAAUAUAUCAAUGAAUUUUAUACUUCAUA